AUGCAUAAUGAAAAAUUGUCAGCACACAACAUCAGUAAUGAAGACGAAACUGUAGUAACAUCAUGUUCAAUGAAUGCAUUUUCGCCGAUUACAACGAUGCAGGACUCAUCAUCCUUAUCACUUUCAACAUUAACAUCAUCAUCGUCAUCUUCUUCUUCUACGCCAUCGUUUUUCUCAAAUAAACCAAUUAACACAUUCUGUUCAUAUAUGAAAAACUGGAGACUAGGUCGUUCCAUUGAACCGAUAGCUGAGAAAGAAGAACAAGCAUCACGUACAUCAUCAAUAUCUUUAGGUAAUGAAGAGGUGAAUAUUAUUAAUAAAGAAGAAUGUGAUGGUCUUGUCACUUCAUCUACUCCUGAUAAUGAUGCAGAUUUAAAAGAAAUUAACAAUGAAAAUAAUUCUAAUUUAACACAACUUCAAAGUAAUAAUACAGAUACAGGGAGUUAUAAAAAAUCUUCAAAAGAUAAUGUUCAUUCAACUGGUGAAGUUGAAAAUUCUUUGGAGGAUGUGAAAUUUUAUCGAUUAGUUUCAAGAUCAGCCACAUGGGAUGGAUGGAUGAAGCUGACAACUAAUACUACAAAAAAAGAAAUUCAUUCACAAAAAGUUAUUGUAAAAUCGAAUGCUUAUAAUAGUGAAGCUACUACAACAACUAACGGGAACACGGAUAUUACCAUGGAUAGUCAAAGUGAAUUAAAAAGUGAUAUUAUCGUGAUGACGGCAUUUUAA